AUGACUUCCUCCCCUGUCGUUAUGGCCCAGGUCAUCUCUUCUUCGAUGCUCUGUUGCGUGGAGGUCAAUAACACUGAGCACUCAGCCGACGCGCCCGAGUGGGUAAGGUUACUCGGCGGUUCUUCCCAGAAGAAACAAGCCGCCCCAAACAACCCCCAGCAGCGUCUGGCGCGCUUUCGACAACGAUACAACCAAAUUCUGUCCCAAUGGCAGAAAACGCAAAACCUUGCCAACGACCGCGAGGCACUGAGCAACAUCCGUCGUGGUUUCCAAGCCCUUACUGCAAUACUCAACGAUGAGUCUCGAUCGCCAGCACCUCACCUGUGCCUCCAAUUCGCCGCCGCACAGCAAAUUUAUACCGCCAUAUCCAAGAUCGCAGCAACGUCCUUCGAUGAAGGGAUUGUGCGGGAUGCAGUGGCAUUCUACAAUGCGCUUAUUGACAGCGAAGAGGAAGACUUCUUGGAGAAUGAUGUCUUCGCGGUGUCCCUCAUGAACUUCAUAAACCGGACGGUAGGAUCUGGUACUAUGGCUGUUGGAGAGGAUAUCGAAGCGGACAUUGUCGAGCUGCUCUUUGGGAUAGCGGCCAAGAUCAGGUUGCAGCCGGGGAUAUUGCCAGUAUGGUUCACUACUACAGCUACCGGCUCUGAUAGUCGGCUUCGAGCCCAGAGCAAUGACUUCGCUGGCGUAACACAGAAAGAAGACUUCCCGCUGUGCUAUCAACUCAUCGAUCACGUCCACCACGAAGGUCGGAUUGGCGACUUCGCUCGUACCGGCUUGCUCUACGUUUUCGAGUCAGCUUCAAAGUCGAUGACUCUUGAGCAAUGGAUAGUCAACAGCGAUCUACCCACCCUCAUGGCGUCGGGCCUUGGCGCGUUGUACAGUCAACUUAGCAGGAAACUUUCUAUUUUGCAUCCGCAGGAUAAUCUUCCGCUUGUACUGUCGUUUUCGGACUACGUGGAGACGCAAGCCAACGAUGAUACUGAGAACCUUCACACCACCGAGUUCCAGAGUCACAUCGGCACGUUCCUGUCGUAUCUCGCGUUCUGGCAAGAUGUGCUUGAGCAUUGCCGAUCUGCAGACGUCAGACAUACGCUAAUUGAUCAUUUCCACGUCCUGUUCCUGCAGCAGCUCCUCUACCCUUCCCUACUGGAGUCUUCAGAUGCUGAUGGUGGGUCUUCCGUUGCCGUGCUCACAUAUCUACGACGGAUUCUCGACGCCCUAGAUCACCCAGAGCUCGUUCAUAUGAUUCUGCAGUAUCUGCUCGCAUUGCCAGACUACACGUCAAUGUCAGGCAAGAUACCUCGCUCGCCAGCUGCGGUCAAGAGACGCCAAUCUCUUAUGCUCAUGAAUCAUGGUGAGAAGGACGACGACCGACUGAAUCCUUCCUUGUUCAACCUGGUAGACUUGAUUCUGGGUAGCACCGAUUCUCGGAACUCACAAACCGUCACUUCAGCAUUGAAGCUAACGACUGUCAUACUUGGGAAGAACCACAGUUAUGGACUGGGGUCAUUGAUCAAAGUCAUGAACGUACAUCACAAGGAACCACACCGAACCGUUGGCGCUCUGAACAUCGAGCUCGAGACCUACUUGAACCUUGCUAUCAGCCUUGCUGGUGAGGAUGGGGUUGAUGAGGCCUACGAGACCCAUUUGAAAGAUAUUCAAAGCCUGCUCGAGAGCCAUCCUUGCUCUCUGAAGGCCAUCUCUCUGCCUCCUACAUCCUCACAAAAUCCUGGCUACUUCGAUUCGGUCGACGCCAGUGGUAGAGAAGUGUAUCAGCACUGCCUGCUCCCGGAAGAUCCGCUCUUCAAAUCAUUGACCGACCUACUGCUCCAUUUUCUGACAAACGACGUGGAGACAAACCUGGCCUUGACGGAAGCGAUCAUCAGCCUUGGAACGUGCUCCCAGCUCCGCCUCGAAGGCUGGCUCUCUGUUGACCCUGCCGACUAUCACUUCGAAGAUAACGUACGCGCGUCUAUCGCUUUCUCGAACGACAGCCUCCGGGACGUAUACAUGGCAAACCGGCUACCAAUGUGGAAUGCAUCAGCGACGCCGCAGUUGCUUGCGUGUAUUCACAACCUUUGUGCACAGGUUGCAGCUCUUCGCGCUGACAUUCCCGACUGGGAUGAGCAUGUCACCAAUCGCAAAAAUGCAUUCCGUUUUCAUGAGGAGGUGCAUGACGCGACGAAGCAGGCGGCAAUGCAGCCAAAAGCAGUCCAACAACUUCCAGAGCCACCCGGAUCAUGGCUGCCGCAAAUACCAAAGCAUGUGCUCGACAGCUCUACAACACCGUCAAGGACACAGUCGCCAAGAGGCCGGAAAGAGACCCUUUCAGAGCAAAGGAGUUCUCAGGGUUCCUCACCGGCUCCAUCGAAAUUCGGUGGCCAAACGCUUGUAGGCUCACCUUCAAGAGGUUUGUCGCCCUUGCCUGCGCCACAAGGCGGAAAACGUCAAACCACCCUGUUCUCAGACAUCGACGCCAACCUCGCUGGGUUCAGGCACUCUGAUCUAUUGAGGAGGCGGAUACGCUUUCGCCGUCCUGCAAAUUCGCAAGACAUCGAAGUCAUGCUGUCAAAGUACCAGCCUCCUCCUAAGGAGCCUUCUGCUGAUGCUACGGCUGGUGCAGAAACAGACGAGGAACAGAACGACAUCCGCGAAGCCAGCCUCUUGCACAUCAUCACGAACGUAGUUGUCCUUCAAGAAUUUGUGUUGGAGCUGGUAGCUUUGAUGCAGAUCAGAGCAAGCUUGUUCAACGAGGUCAAAUUUGCAUGA